AUGCGGCUCCUUAUUCUGCUAUUAGCGUUCGUCAUAAGCGGCGCGGAAUCGUGCAUAUUCGGAGGAGGAUGUCCCUGCCCGUGCCCAUGCCCGUGCCCACCUCCCGUGCCUGCUGGUGGCGGUUGUGGAUGCGCACCCCCAAUGCCCGCUGGUGGUGCAUGUGGAUGUGGUGGAGGACUUGGUUUACCUCCGUUAUCGCUUCCACCACUUCCAUCACUUCCACCACUUCCACCACUACCGUCAUUGUUCCCGCAGCCAUGUUGUCCGCCUGGAGCUCCUCCACCAGGGCCUUGCGGAUGUCCACCUCCACCACCGCCACCCAUUGCUAACCCCUGCAUACCAGGAGGAGGAGCCGGUUGUGCACCACCACCAGUCGCUGGUUGUGCACCAGGAAUCGGCGCCGGCGGCUGCGGUGGAGGAGUAGCGCUUCCGCCUGCACCGCCACCGCCUCCAGCCGUUGGUUCUUAUGCUGUGGCUGGUUAA